AUGUCCUCCUCCGGCGGCCACCAGCACAGCCAGAGCCGGGCCAUCCCCACCAGGACCGUGCCCAUCAGCGAUGCCACGCAGCUACCUCAUGACUAUUGCACCACGCCCGGGGGGACCCUGUUUUCUACCACUCCUGGAGGUACCCGAAUCAUCUACGACCGUAAGUUUCUGUUAGAUCGCCGCAAUUCCCCCAUGGCUCAGACCCCACCAUGCCAUCUCCCAAAUAUUCCAGGAGUCACCAGUCCUGGUACCAUGGUCGAGGAUUCCAAAGUGGAAAUAAACAAUCUGAACAAUCAUGACAGGAAGACUGCAAUGGGGGAUGAUGCUCAGUUUGAGAUGGACAUCUGAUUACCCCAGAGCAUAACCAUGGAGAGGCAGCAAUUCCUGAUACCUGUGCAUACUCGAUUCUGCUAAUCGGAUCAGUAACUGAAAGGUGGAAGAGGCGGCGGUCGCAGCAGUCUCCAUCAGACUCCCCACUUCAUCUUCCAAGUGCCAAAGGAUAAGAAUCUAGCUCCCCAAUCCUGCUCCCUCCCCUCCUUUUUAACUCCCAUCUCCCUGCUCUGUGACUGAAUGGAUGCCCUUGUCAAAUUAUACAGAGCUGAGGAACACUCCGAGUGGAACCUUGGCAUCUCGCACUUUAGAGGCACCCUGUCAAACCAUACACAAGUGAGAACGUACCUCCAUCACCAGUUGGAUAUUUAUUGCAAACAGCAAAGGGGCCAGGGACUGGUGGAUUUAUGCUAAGUGGAGAUGGCUUUUUCUGUGUUCCCCUCCCUUCAGCCUGAUCCCAACUCACAAAGGGCUUAUGUUUGCACAGCAAGUAACCAGUUGUAAUAUGGUGUCUCCAAUACUUUCAAUCACUCACAUUUUAGAAACCACAAAGAAUAGUGGGAGAACAGGUAAGAGUCUCUGCUCAGUCUGAGUUCGUUUUCCUCAGUGGGCAGAGCACUCACUUGAGUAACUCUGGGGGAACCUGGGUACUAGUCUCACUUGUCACCUUUCUCCAUGACUGUGUGCCCUGCAAUGUAACAUGUUCUCUCUUCUGGAGCCACACAACCUUAAUUCAUUUGCUCUUGUACCUCCUUGAUUUCCAUCCUGCUGACAAACUUCUUUUUGAUAAUACUUCUUAAUGUUAUGUGUAUUUAGAGGAAGCUGUCAGUUCAUUAUACUGCUGCUUCCUCUUCCUAUCUUUCCAUCCCAAAGGAAUAUCAUCCAAAACUUCUCACUUUCAGAAACUUAACCCUUUGUUCCCUGAGUACUUUGAAUGCUAAAUCAAAACAUUUUUUUUCUAGGAUAUCGGGGAGGGGUAUCUUGUGUUAUCCUCAGGACUUCCUCCAUUUUUGCCCUUUUGCCCUUGUUAGUUUCUUCCGAUUUCUUUGCUGGUCCACACUGUAGACUGUUAUAUUGAAGGUACUGCAGUAAUGGUUAAUUUCCAACAUCCCCCAUCUCUCUUGCAUUAGGAGGAGUGUUUUUCCCCACUAACAGUUUUAAUGAAUACACUUGUUAACUGUUUAUAGUUUCAAUUUUAAGACUUCCCAUCAUAAGGGAAAAAGCGAAUGUCAAUAAGCACUCUCUGAGGAACAGUGGGCCUGCCUCUCAUCUUAUACCAUCCUUCCAUUCGUAUGGUUCACUGUGCUCCUUUCAAUCACUGGCUCCAUUACUUUUCCUCCAAGAUCCUUUGUUAACUUUUAUGUUCACUGCUGUGUAUAUUGGCUGACUUGUAAAAUUGAACAUUUGCCUGUAAGGGUCAUUUUUGGUUCCACACUGUCCAGUUUUGCUCCUGUCCAUAUCUUGCCAAAGGGAUUAGGUGGACUAGUGUGGAUUUUGACAAGAGUGUGGUGCUUCUGGCCAAUUCCUGUCUGGCCUUGCCACUUGAAAGUUCUUAAUGGGUUUGAUUUAGUUGCUGAGGGCAUCGCUCAAACUGUAGCUAGACAUGUUUCCCAUUGCCCCACUUGCUGGGAGACUGUAUCUGACAUGUGAGUCAGAAAUUUACACAGCUCAGUUAUAAAUUGGAAAAUACCCUGUUUUCUCUUUUGGUAUGCAAAAGGGACACUUUCCUGGUAAAAUACUUCUUUGGGGAAGGAAGGUUUCCUGAAAAAACUCAUUUUUUCCCUCUUCCCUUCAAAAUGUGAAUAACACAGGAACAAAAAUCCUUUGUAAUGUUUGAUCUCUCAGGAAUAGACUAUUUAUCUGGGAAAUGCAAGGUCUCCUUAAAGCCUUGGUGAUGGCCAGAAAUGUGACUAAAACUACACCUCUAUGUCCUGUAUUUAUUCUCUGGCAUUAUUCCACCUCUGUUUAGUAUGAAGGAUGCUAUAGAAAGCUCAGUUGUACUUUGUGGCUCCCAGAUCCAAUUUGUUCAGUUCAGAUAUUUCUAAAGUACACUGCAAGUUCUGCCUCAUGUAGGAAACACUGACUUUUUUUUUUUUUUCCUUCCCCAUUCUGCUUCAUGCAUGAUCACUAACAAUAGUUUCUGGAAUUUAGCAGGCAGUUUUGUUGAUGAGGCAGAACAGAAUCCAGAUUUGCUCUGUAGGGCUGUUAAUAGUAAAAACUUGGGUUUGUCAGUGAACUAAGCAGAGUUGAUUUGGGAGAAACAGGAAGAAGAAAUGGGCAGUGACAAGGUAUCAUUAGUCACUUUUCUCAUCAUAGUGAUAGAUUUUGUUUUGUUCGUAACUUCUCAGCUUUUCAAAGCACUGCACAGGUGUUCAGCUAUUUGACUCUUUUAUUACAAGAAUUGUGCCGCUAAAAUCCUGUUGUAACACUGAAAAUUUAUCCCUAAGUGUACAGUGCAGCAAGAGCUUCCAUUAUGCAACAAUCCUCUUAGCUGUCAGCCGGAUAAAUCAUUCUGACUUUUGUCGACGAGAUGUAUUUUUUUUUAAAUACCCAAGGCAAGAAACAAGCAUCCAGAGAGGAAAGGAUCAUCUGGUGGUUGAGGCAUUGGAGCAGGAUUAGGAAAAUCGGGGGUUUGUUUCAGGCACUUGUUUCACACAUUCCUGUGUGACCUUGAUCAAAUCACUUAGUGUCUCUGUGCUUUAGUUUCCCAUCUGGAAAAUAGGGAUAACAGCAUUUCCCCAUGGCACAACCAUGACCCCUAGUUGUUGUGUUAUGAGAAGGAUUAAAUAACACUUCCUUACUUACUUUCUCCAGAGAAAGUGGACAGUGAAAAUAUUCAGGUACUUCUUAAGCACCACAACUGCAGGGUAACACUUAAAUCCAAUCUAAAUGCUCUGUUUGUUAAAACUGAAGGGACGAUGAUAAUAAAAUGUUCAGUUUUGUAAAUGCUUUAUUUUAUUAAACCUAAAUUUUGCACUUAAAUGUUUGUGUCCCAGACAUUACAGGUCAGAUCUUUCCUUGCAUUAGGGCAGCUUUGUCUCACCCCAUCAGUGCCCUUUUUAACCAGUUUUAGGAUGCUGCGGGAUUCUCUGUGCAUAGUGAGGUCCUUGGGUGGUGCAGAGCCAUCAUACACUCCCCCGGCUCCUUGCAUUCAGCACGGGACAAGGUUAAAGCAACCCUUGGCUAUUGCAUUGGCCCCUUGGCAGCUAAAACAAGUUAGAGUAGCCCUUAGACUGCUCUAACUUGUGCUUUGGGACUAGCUCGGAGAUUGGGAAACAGCUUCUCCCUUACCUAAUAUGCCCAGCUUUAAUCCUUAUUUUUAACCAUUAAAACAUAGGGCCUGGAUGAUGCACUGGGUUAGUGCAGGAACCUGUUCACUUUCAGGGACCUGGGUUCAGAUUCUAUCUCUGACAAUAAAUAAAAAUGAAUCUAGCAGGUUUAUCCUAAUUCCUACUACUCCACUUCAUAAAACCGCAACCCUGUAGCUUGGUUUAUGCUAAGGGAAUUCCAACCACUUGUCACUUUGGCUGGAGCUGUCCUGUAGACCAGGCUUCAAGUGCCCUGAACCAUUUUUACUAAAUUAAUUUCACAACCUGCAGAAUGCAUUUUUUU